AUGGCAACCGAAUCUGACGAAGAAAUAUUUGAGGCUGUAAGAGAAGUAGAAGAGGCCGCAAAGACGCCGCAGAAGAAAGCAAGAAAAACUAAGCCCACCGCAGAUAAGUCGCAAACUGAAAGCAAAAGAGACAAGCUUAUAGAGCUAUCGAAGGAUGGUAUAAUAGAGAAGUCCGCAAGUUUUAUAAGAAAGUCCAACAAGGAUGUUGUAGAUAGACUAUACCAUGAGUAUGAAAGUCAAAGGAUGUCAUUCGCAAGUGACUUCUUAUCAACACUUAUAAUUUCAAAGUUUGCUUCUAUACUGGGGAGUUUCGGUGCGGUGGAAUCUUCAGAGAAGCUGUCAGAGGAACUACUUAGUGACAACCUUCUAAAGGACAACGUAGCGUAUCUAACCAGAACGCCGGAUAUCCCCAAACAUUCCGUUUAUAGGUCUCAUAUCAGGUGGUUGCACAACAGCCAAGCAUGUAGUUGCCCAUAA